AUGCAAUUCAUUAGUAUUAUUUUCCUUUUGGUUAUUGGUUCACAACAGGUUGAUUCAUCACUGUUUGGUCCACAAAUCAUUCAAGGUCUAGGAGCAAAUACACCAUCAGCAAGAGGCAUAUUUGCGCAAACAUGUUCACAAUUGUACAAUCUUUUGGCAUUUCCACGUAAGGUUGUUGAUGUUCAAGUACUCAUUCCUAGUCCACUGCGUAUUCGUACAAAAGUUGAAAUAACAGAUCCAACAACAGGUUAUAAAGAUCAUUUCUUUGUGGAAGGUUCUGUAUGUCAAAAUGGCUUUGAUCAAUAUGCAGCAGAUGCCGUUUGUCGUUCACUAAAUCAAGGUUUUGCUGCCUUCCUACUCAAUCGUCCACCCCCAUCAAAUCCAAAUGCGCCCAACAAUAAAUGUUUUUUUCAAUAUGGACAAGAUCAAUUAGAAAUUCAAUGCACAUUUCUACAAAGUUUUUCUAAUUGUUCAGCAAACGCAAUUAAUCUGUCAAGACGUCAUUUAUAA